GACAGAGAAGCAGGGUUCCGAGAUUACAAAAAAGUUUGGUUAAAGUUUCUCUCUUUUCAGAGAAAGAGAGAGAGAGUUGAGAGAGUUUUAUACAGUAGAGAGUGAAGGACCGAUUGUAGUUUUAGACAGAGAAACCGGGUGGAGAAGUUGGGUUAGAGUUUAUCUGGUAACAGAGAAAGAGAGAUAGCUUUAUUAAGUAAAGAGUGAAAGACACUUAAGGAAGAAGACAAAAGAGAAGAAGAUGAUCUUCUUGAGAAGCAGUGACGAUAAUGUAUUUGAAUUGGCAGAAGAAGCUGUCAUGCAAUGUGAAACUAUUAAGAAUAUCAUAGAGGAUGGGUGUACUACUAGUGAGAAGUGUAUCCCACUCCCUAAUGUUUCGAGCGAGACUCUUUCGAAGGUGAUCGAGUACCUCAAUCACCAUGUGAAGGAUGACAAAAGAAAGGGGAAAGUGGGAGAGGAAGAGAAGAAGAAGGCUGAGUGGGAACUCACAGAGUGGGAUGAGAAGUUUUUUAGCAAUGAUAUGCAAACCCUCUACGAUAUCACUCUGGCAGCAAAUUACCUGAAGGUCAAGAGCUUAUUUGACAAGACUUGCAUGACUAUUGCCAAUCACAUGAAGGAUUGGAGUCCCGAAGAGAUUUGGAUGACUUUUGGAAUUCAAAAUGGUAUUUCGCCUGAAGAAGUAGAGCAAGUGAAGAUGGAAAACCAGUGGGCUUUUGAAUGAGUCCCAGUUGCUUG